AUAUUGGACUCUUAGGUGGAUUAUUUGAAAUUUGUCGUUGCGUGCUGUUAACCUCGGAGAUGGCAGAGCAUUCGAUUGAUGAGGGUGACUGGGAUGAUGAUGUUAAAAAUAAAUACAAACCACCGGAAAAACGUACUUUGGAUGAGUUGAAGAGUUUGGAUAAGGAAGAUGAAAGCUUGCAGAGGUAUAAACAAGCCCUUCUAGGUGCUGCCGUUUCAACCAUCAAUGCUCCAUUUCCAGAUAAUCCUUCAAAUGUUGUCGUUGAAAAGUUUUGCAUACUUGUUGAAGGACAACCUGAUAUUGAAUUCAACUUACGAGGCGACCUUUCCUCUCUUAAAUCCAAGCCAGUUCAAAUUGUUGAAGGCUCCAGUUAUCGCAUCCAAGUGAUAUAUUACGUGCAGCGUGAUAUUGUUUGUGGGCUUCGUUUCAAACAGUGGACAAAUAGAGGUCCUCUUCGAGUUGAUAAAGUAUCUGUUAUGCUCGGCAGUUAUGGUCCACAAGCUACCCCGUACGAAUGGAAAUCUGAGCCAGAAGAAGCGCCAAAAGGUGCUUUGUCACGUGGUACCUACCAUAUUAAAAGUCAAUUCACCGAUGACGAUAAAACAGACUAUGUCACUUGGGAGUGGUGCAUCAAUGUGGUCAAGUAAAUUCACAAUAAUUCUCGCUUACGUUUUGUAUUUCUGCGUGUGUGUGUGUGCGUGCGUGUGUGUGUGUGUCUUAGUGCCAUCAGAUUUCGCAUUUCUUCUCUUAUUUUUCAUUCUCAUGUGAGAGGGAGAGGGGAGGUCCACCCAUCCUCUCCUCUUCCAUCUGUAUGUGUUUGCGUGUAUAUACUUACAUAAGAGUGCACGGAGUGUGUGUGUGUGU